AUGUCCGCAUCGAUCACUACAGACGUAAGCAACUAUGGGGCUCAGGGAUACGGUGACCUCAGCCAUAGGAUGAAAGCCUUGACCUGGCAAGGGAAGAAUUCGGUCAAAGUUGUGGAGACCGCUAAACCUAAGGUCAUCGAUGAAGGCGAUGUUAUACUUAAGGUGACAGGCAGCACCAUUUGUGGGAGUGACUUACACCUGUACCACGAGGACAUCCCAGACCUACAGAAAGGUGACAUCCUUGGACACGAGUUCUGCGGUAUUGUCGCAAGCGUAGGGCCGGCAGUGAAGAAGGUUCAAGUGGGUGAGCGCGUUGUGGCAUCCUUCCAAAUUGCAUGUGGGGAGUGUUAUUAUUGCAAGAAGAAGUUGUCAUCAGUGUGUGAGCGGACGAAUUCGAGCGAUGCUGCCUCUAAGCUAUAUGGGCGUCGAACAGCCGGUAUGUUUGGGUACUCCCACUUUACAGGGGGCUUUGCCGGUGGGCAAGCGGAAUAUGUUCGCGUCCCUUACGGUGACGUAAAUCUCCUUCAUCUGCCUAACGAUGUCCCCGAUGAAAAAGGUCUCUACCUUUCCGAUGUGCUGGGAACAUCUUGGAACGCCGUUGUUGACACAGGGGUGGAGGUGGGUGACACUGUGGCAAUCUGGGGAGCCGGCCCAGUUGGACAAAUGGCCGCUGAAUUCAGCUUCUUCAAUGGUGCUAGCAGGGUCAUCCUUAUUGACGGUGGCCUUGGAAAAUGGCGGCUAGACUUUGUGAAGACCAUCCUCCCUAAGCUCGAGACAAUUGACUAUACGAACCUUCCACAUGGCGAGACUGUUACGUCAACCCUGAAGAAAUUAUGCGACGGCCGCGGACCGGACGUGGCGAUUGAGUGCGCCGCUGGUGAGUACACGAAAGGAUGGGUUCAUUACUUUGAAAGAUUACUGGGCAUGGAAACGGAUACGUCUGAACUUGUCAACGAGAUGAUUACCUCUGUCCGCGCGUUCGGCCGUUGUGGUAUCACGGGCGUAUAUACCGGUUUUUGUAAUCACUUCAACAUCGGUUCCCUGAUGGAGACUGGGGUUCAUCUUGCUGGUAAUGGACAAGCUCCUGUGCAAAAAUACUGGCAUGACCUCUUAAAGUACAUUCAGCAGGAGAAGAUCCACCCUCUGCAUAUGGUCACCCACCGGUACAAGCUCGAAGAUAUGGAGACAGUCUAUGAUCUAUUCAAUAAGCGUAACCCGGGUAUGCAGAAAGUUUUCGUCCAGACAAAGUUUUCCGCACCUCCAUCACCAGGAGCUCCUGUGUUGACAGAGCUCUCGCGUUGA